GCGCACACACACACACACACACACACACACACACACACACACACACCACCUGGUGGCAAACACCAGCACACAUGCACUCACACUGGUGCCACCACCUGCCUUGGGCCUCUCUGUGGUCCUUGAGCAAAUAUGUGGUGGACCAGAGAACCAUUUCUUUCAAGUAAGGCAAAAGGCAUGCACUCACUGCGCACACAUGAAGAAGAGGUGAAGACAAGAGACAACUACUAGAACCAGCAGCAGCAGUUGCAUCGUGACGGGUUGGUGUGCGUGCGCCGUCUACUCAGCUCUCCUCUUGUUGGCUUGGCUUGCUAGGCAGUGCGCUGCAGCAGGAGAUAUCUAACCAAUGGCCAGUUGGAGCUUCUGGAAGCCGUUGGGCCAUGAUGGGAUCAGGGUCUGGUCUAGAGACAUUCAAGGCAGGAAACUGGCUGAAACAAUGUCUAACUCUGGCUAAUGCCUGUGUGGGACACUGCCUGGGUACCCAUCUAAUUUCCUCUGAUAAUUCAAGCAGACAUAGCUGGGGAUGUAAUCCAACCAAUGGCUCCCCCUCCCACUGGAUAGGCUGCAGCUUGAGGGAUGAGAAUGCUUCAGAGAAUUCCUCUCCAAUACACAGUUCUCGCCUCUUGAAUGUCUUCUCACAGAAAUAUUUCUGGUCAUUCCCACUGACUGAGGCUGCCAUCCUUCCCACACUCACCUGGGAGCAAGUCCUGUUGAACUCAAGAGAGUGUAUUAAGGAGCAAAGCCACCUCGGCUUCAGCUGUAAGGAGGGAAUCCCCUGGAGAAGGACAGCAAGACAGCUGCCUUCCUCUGUGUGCAGGCUGAAGAUGGGGAGGACAACCAGGGAGAAGUCUUGGAAGUGGUCCCCCAGCACCAGCCUUUUCUGGACUUGGAGGAAAGAGCUCCAUUCAACCCAGGAUUUGCCACAUAUGACAGGUUUCGAUGCAGGUUACUUGGCGGGACGUGCCAGUACAGGAGAUGUCCUGCUAAAUACUUAGUUUUUGGAUCGUGUGGGCUUUUCAGAACAUGUUGCAGAUUUCCAAGAACGCAAGAGAACUGAUAUGGACUAAAGGAAAGUGUGAGCAAAUCAAGGAAAUCCUCUUUCCCUCGACAGCCCUGAUGGAAUCCUGCUUCUGCUCUGCCUGCUGAUGCUCCUCUCAUCGCCAUCAACACUUCCUGCUCAGCAGUGAAGAAACGCCGCUUAUU